UAGGCUUACGUCCUCACAAACUAACAUUCGAGGUCGUCAAGACAACAAACAUCCUUAAAACGUAAAACAAAGUAUGCUAUGGAAAUGUUUUAUAGCUUGUGUAACUGUCCGGAGUGAGCUCAUAUCAAGCGCUGUAUUUCCAGGAGUGUGACUCAUUGUCCACUCGGUCUGUUUCCUGACGACGUCAUUGCUUUAGUUUGACUAACUCGCAGCUUCAAGUUUUAUUUCAGUGUUGACAGCGGCGCGUGGCGUGCUAGACCUCUUUUCUUUUUAGAUGACUUGUUGUAACAAACAGAAAACCAAGGUGGAAAACGAGUUUAACUCUUAGACUUUGUGACCACGGAUGAACCAUGGCUACAAUAACGUGUCGAGUGCAAUACCUGGAGGACUCGGACCCGUUCGUGUGCUCAAAUUUCCCCGAGCCCCGCAGACCUCUCCAGUAUGACCUGAACGAGCACUUGCUAUUGAACGAACAGAUCGCCGGGAUUCACAAGCUGCUGGAAGCGCCUUUAAAGUUAGAGGAGUGUGCACUGCAACUGGCUUCUAAUGGCCACUACCUGGAUCUGGAUUCGUCGCUUGCUGAACAGAGAGAUGAUCUGGAGCAGCUCUAUGAUGACGUGGAAAAAGGCAAAAAGCCCAUCUUGAUUGUCCGUACGCAGCUCUCAGUACGGGUUCAUUCCAUCCUGGAGAAGUUAUAUAAUUCCCAUGGUCCUGAACUUCGGCGGUCCUUGUUUUCUUUAAAGCAACUCUUUCAGGAUGACAAGGACUUGGUUCCAGAAUUUGUCAUCUCUGAGGGUCUGACAUGUUUCAUUAAAGUGGGUGCUGAGGCAGAUCAUAACUACCAGAACUACAUCCUCAGAGCUCUCAGUCAGAUCAUGCUGUUUGUUGAUGGAAUGAACGGUGUUGUGAACCACAACGAAACUGUACAGUGGCUGUACACACUGACUGGCAGCCUGUCUCGGCUGGUUGUGAAGACAGCUCUGAAGUUGCUGAUAGUGUUUGUGGAAUACACUGAGUCCAACAGUCCACUGCUUAUUCAGGCUGUCACCAUUGUGGAUGGGAAGAGAGGAGUAAAGCCUUGGACAUAUCUAACAGAUAUCCUGUCAGAGAAGAAUGGAUCAGACACAGAGCUGCUCAUCUACACCAUGAGCCUCAUCAACAAGACUCUGGCUGCGCUUCCUGAUCAGGACUCAUUUUAUGAUGUGACCGACUGUUUGGAGCAGCUAGGAAUGGAAAGGAUAGUCCAGAAACGUAUGACUAGCAGCGGCACCGAAGGUGACCUUAAACAGCAGUUCAUCAUUUAUGAGAAUGCCCUCAAGUAUGAAGAUGGUGAGAUGGAUGAAGGGGCACCAAAUGUCCGUAAAGACCGAAGGAAACUGACCCCCAGCGAGCAGGAGGGCAGGAGGAGCCGGCGGUCAUCUUCUCACAAUCUUACAGAGAGUUCCUUUCGUCCAGCUUCCCCAACCGUGUCAGUCUCAUCUAACAGCCCUACCCCAGAGGUGAUGCGUACAGCCUCCCCUCAGCUGUCAGAUUCCUCUUAUUCUCCUGUUUCUGGCAGUCCUUUGUUGACCAGUUCCUCCUCUACGAUCUUAAGCUCACCCACAGCGACUAAUGGAGCAGAGUCUGCAACCCCUUCUGAGCAAGAUCUCAGCUUGGGGCGCUCUUUUAUGAGUCAGUACAUAGCUCACAUGGGGAUUUCUAGACGGAGGUUAAAAAAGGAGAGGUCUAUAACUGAAGAAACCUCAGGCUUCUCCAACAGAGCGUCUUUCACAGAAACAGACUCUCCUCAGGAGCUCCCUUCCCAGACGGCAGCAGAGAAGCCCAGCCGGACAGAGGGAAAGCGAGUCUUCAAACAGCACCAGGCAGACAGUGUUUGUCCAGAGAGUGUGAAUAGAGACUUGCCGGUUCUGAGGAAUUAUGAAGACAAUUUCUUGCGUAGUCUGGCUGCAUCCCAGUGGGAGAAGAAAAGGAAGUCAUAUGAGAGACCUUCUCUAAGCGAGAGUGUGGCGUCUGCAGAUGUAGAGGCAUCUACUGAAGCCGAGCAGCCAGUCUCCAGGUCAACCACUGCAGGAUCUUUUAGUGGUCCGGACUUGACCAGGCACACCCUGGAGCAGCCAGAGGACACAACAGCAGCCCACAAUGAAGCAGAGAGUGGUUUGCAGCGUCAGGGCAGUGCAGCGGAACAGCACAACACCCUCUCUAAUGACAGGAAGUUCAUGUUGGAUAUGCUCUACUCCAAAAACAACACCUCUGGAGGCCUAAAAAGUCCUAGUCUGGAAAGUGCACUUGAGGGCCAUGGGAUCACCAGUAUGGCCGGACGGCUCUCAACACUGCAGUCUCACACUUCUCAGCCCACAGAGGACACAUCCAGGCGUGCGGAGCUGGAGAGCCUUGAAGGUACUGCUCAGGCCGCUCGCGCCAGGCUAGUAGAGGGACAGCACAAGAAGCUGCAUCCACAAUACAGUAUUGAAGCGGAUACUCAUUCACAGAGUUUAGAAAAGACAAUGAUGACACCAUUAUCCAGGGGUAGUCAGGAUGCCUGGGAGAAGCUGCAGCCCAGCUCCAGACCCCUGCGGAUUAAAGAUCUUGACUUCUCCGAUCUGAUGGAGGAGGAGGAUAUCGAUGUGCUAGAUAUAGACACUUUUGACACCAGCUUGCCUAAUGGAGUACCUCCACCCCCUCCUCCAGUGCCAGGCUCAGCUCCCCCACCGCCACCACCCCCUCCUCCUCCUGGACCUGCUAGUCUGGCUCCACCCCCUCCUCCUCCACCUCCUGGAGGUUUGAGUGUGCCUCCUCCUCCUCCAGGACUCCUCCCUCCGUCCCCGUCACAAGGAAAUGAUCCGGCUUUUCUAAAAAAACGGAAAACGGUCAAGCUGUUCUGGAAGGAGCUCAAGCAGCCAGAGAGUCCCAGGAAGUGCAAGUUUGGGCGGGGCACAGUUUGGGCUUCGCUUGAUAAGGUUGCAGUCGAUACAGCUAAGCUGGAGCACCUGUUUGAGUCCAAAGGAAAGGACCUUCCAGUAGCAAAGAAAUGUGCUGAGACCAAGAAAGCAGCAAUUUUAGUGCUUGAUCCUAAGAGGAGCAAUGCUAUCAACAUCGGCAUGACUGUUUUGCCUGCUGUACAUGUCAUCAAAAGUGCCAUCCUCACCUUUGAUGAGUUUGCCAUCAGUAAAGAGGGCAUUGAGAAAAUCCUGACCAUGACUCCAACAGAUGAAGAGAAACAGAAGAUUCAGGAGGCGCAGCUGGCUAACCCUGAUGUACCGCUGGGUACAGCAGAGCAGUUUCUGCUCACUCUCUCCUCCAUCAGUGGCCUUACAGCCAGAUUACAGCUCUGGGCCUUUAAACUUAACUAUGAGACACUGGAGAAGGAGAUUGCAGAGCCUCUUUUUGACCUGAAACUGGGUAUGGAACAACUUGCCAAGAACAAAACCUUCAAGCGUAUCUUAGCAACACUACUGGCCAUUGGAAACUUCCUCAAUAGCUCCAGUGCUAAGGGCUUUGAGCUCAGUUAUCUGGAGAAGGUUACUGAGGUGAAGGACACAGUGCACAGGCAGUCUCUGCUUCAUCAUACCUGCAAUUUUGUGGUGGAAAACUACCCAGAUACGACAGACCUUUACUCCGAGAUCUCAUCAAUCACACGCUCUGCUAAAGUGGAUUUUGAGCAGUUGUCUGAAAACCUUAUUCAGUUGGAGAGAAAAUGCAAAGCCUCUUGGGACAACCUUAAAGUAAUGGCCAAACACGAAACUAAACCUAACUUGAAAAACAAAAUGACAGAAUUUCUGAAGGACUGUACUGAUAGGAUCAUCAUCCUGAAAGUAGUGCACAGACGCAUUGUUAAUAGGUUUCAUUCUUUCUUGCUGUACUUGGGUCAGCCUUCGUACUCGGUGCGGGACACUAAAGUAACUCAGUUCUGUAAGAUCAUCAGUGAGUUUGCCCUGGAGUACCGCACCACCCAAGAGAGAGUCCUCACCCAGAAACGCAAGCGUGCCGUCCACCGGGAGCGCACCAAGACCCGGGGCAAGCUGAUCACAGAGACUGAGAAGUUUUCGGUAGCAGUUCCACAGCUGUCUCUGGAGGACAGCCCUUCCCUGGUUUCUUCAACAACAGAAUCAGAGCCAGCCCAAGAGGAGCAUGAGAACAUGAAAAACCUGCUCAUUGCCAACAAUGACAACAGCAACCUGCGAAGGAGCCGCGCUGUACGAAAGAUUCUUACCACUAGUGGUGACACUUCUCCAAGUCAUCAAGAGGGGCCUUAUGACUCUGACAGUGCUCCUACUUCACCAAUAGACAGCCAAUCAACACAGGAUGAUGAUGAUGAUGAUGAUGUAGGUUUAGGCAGGCUUAGUACAAACAUGUCUGUAGCCAAAGAGGACAGCACCAGCUCACAGGACGAUGCCACAGAUGAGAUCAUGGAUCGUCUGGUUAAGUCUGUCACCCAAAAUCCCACAGAGAGGGCGUCUAGCCCUAAAACACGCAAACGCUCACGGCUUAACAGAAAAUCAUUGCGGAGGACUCUGAAGAGUGGGCUGAGUGUGGAAGUGGUGCAGGCCCUUGGCCUCGGCAGUACUAACGGGAAGGUCUGAAGCUGGUAGCUGUCAUGCUGGGGAAACUGUAGCAGGGCAGCAAUGAGGCCAUAAGAAGAGCUGCACUAAUGACAGGAAGAUCUGUGAUGAAGGGAUCUUCACUGACAUUUUGUGGGAUGCCUGCAACUAAAUCUGUCUGCCAAUCUGAACAAUUCAGUGGAUGAAUCAUGUCCUUCCAGCUGAAAUACAAAUAGCUGCACUACUAUACAAAGACCUGAAGUGACAACUUUAAAUUUGAUUUUCUCAAUAUUUAGAUUUGUUUGCACCAUACAUCAAUGGAAAUUUUAUUUAUUCAGCUUUCAGAUGAUGUAGAAAUCUAAAUUUUGAAAAAUUGACCCUUAUGACUGGCUUUGUGAUCAAAGGUCACAUAUCAUGAUUUGAUUGGUACAAACUUUAAUGGCAUAGUAUUAAAUAACAGCCCAUGUUUACCGAUGGAGAAUAUCUGCAUAUAAUAUGAUCUACUGACAUGAAAUGCUAUGUAGUUUGAACAGAUGCACAUAUUAUUUUGUAUAGAGCCUUACAUUGCAUAGAUUGAAGCACAAUUUAUCAGUCAAAGAGAUGUAUGAAGGAUUUGAAAGUUUUAAGUUACUGAAUUUUUUAUUUUAGCCAUAUCUGUUAGAAUGGCCCAGCUCAAAGUUAGGAACAUGGAAACCCGUAACAGAGAGUGCAAUAAGGUAACUCUAACACACUGGUUUCCUGUGCCCAAUAAUGAAGCUGAUCCCAGGAAUAAACAGCACUGUCAGUAAUGAUUGACCAAUGAAAACUCUUUAGUCUUGGACCGGGUUUAAUUUGUGUCUGGAAAGCUGACCCAUGUGCACCUGGGUGAUGUUCAAAUGGAUAUCCUGACUCUUGAUUAGAGGACAUAAACUAGGUCACAUGUUUGUUUUUCUUUUAUUAAUCACAGAGCUCUUUUGAUUUUGUUUGUGGAUGUUACAACACAGCCCUGUAUUCUGCUGUAUCACAUUUCUCUCUUGAUAUUUAUUAUUGUGCCGUUUUGAUGUGUUCAAGUUUAACCUUUUUAGUUCCAUUUUAAAGAUGUUAUAAAAUGUGUGCAUGGAUGGACCACUCCAUUUCUUGCUGAAGAGAAGUCUUGCGUUAAAGGCAUUUUAGCAUUUUUUUUUUUUUACAAGCAUAAAUAUUUAGGAUUUUCUUGGUAUUGCUUUUUUGCACAUGGGGUUAUGCUGUAGGAAUUAAGAGUCACUAUGAAUCACUGUUGUUUUAUGUAUGACCUUAUAACCUGUCUGCAUGAGUGCAUGUGUUCUUCACUCUGAAUGUAUCACUAUUAGCGUGUUCCAGUGCUGGACAUCCCGUCACCACUCAUGACACCUGCAGAAAGAGAGUUUGUUUGCAACUAAAUAGUUUGCAAGUACAAGUGCUUCUGAUGGUAGACAUUAUAUUCUGUUUCAGAAUUGUUUCACAUUGACAUGUUGACCUUGAAUCCAAAGAAAAAAAAUUGUUUAAAAUGAAAUUAAAUGUUUCAUUAUACUUUUA